AUGGAGAUUGCCGCGUUACUGGCGCAGUACCUACAGGCCCCACCGCCGCAACAAAUAGCAUUGCGAACGACCCACUCGUCGCUCUUCACAGACGACGUUGUUGCAUCUCUUGACGCUGCGCGGUUGACGCUGCGGGAGGCGCAGGAACGCUCGGAGGAGGUUCGCCGCGAUGUCACUAACAUUGUGCGGGGAGCUGAUCUUCCGGAUGGGCUCAAUCUCACAAAUGAGGAGUUGCGCGCCCUCAGCAACACAGAAGAAAUGAUGAUCUCACGUUUCGCAGAGCACAUGGAGGCAUUACUUUCACAGAGACUAAUGUGUGCUCAUGAACUACAUGGUAAGGAUGCUUUAUUGCCUGUUAAUCAAUCUAACACUGUUACACUUUGGUAUCAACAGUCUUCUAUUGUUUUGGAGAUUCUCUCCUUUCUUCCUGUAGAGUGUACAUUAGGGGUUGCUGAGGAAGUUUGUAUGUUAUGGCAGAAUUGGUUGGGAGAUCCCUCUCUGUCGAGAAAAUUUUGGACAGACUGUGUGAGGCGGGAGUUUACGGAGAACUUCCACAUGUUGGUUGAAUCAGAGGGGAAAGAUUUACUACACAACGGUGAUUGGCGCAUGAUUGCUAUGAUAUGUUGCACCGAUGACGAUGAUGAUGAUAAUAAUAAUGGGGUUGGGUCGGAAGAGACACCAGUAGUUGAGCAGGAUAACUGA